GUCUCCCUGUAAUUAGACUUUUCUCAGCCCAGGACUGGGGGCCUACGUAUAAACUAGACGGGCCGCUCUGUUAUGCGGAAUGGGGCCCAUGUCCCUGUACCGGAAGUUCCUUUGUGCCCGGCAAGGGCAGCGCUAUAGGCAGGCUCUGGGUAAUGCCCUGCUGUUAGGGCAGGGGUACAGAUGGGGCUCUGGCCCAGGGGGGGGUAUCCCCAAGAUGCUGGAGGAGGCGGAAGUGGAAGGGACAGAGGAGGGACCCCCAAGAGAUCCCAGGAGACCCCCUAAAUCCAGCAGCAUUGUGCUGUUCCCUGGGCAGGGCAGCCAGCAAGUGGGCAUGGCCAAAGGCCUCCUCCAGUUCCCCAAUGUGAGGGAAAUGUUUGCUGUUGCACACAAGGUGCUGGGCUAUGACCUGCUGGAGCUGUGCCUGCGGGGCCCCCAGGAGACCCUCAAUAGGACGGUGCAUUGCCAGCCGGCCAUCUUUGUCACCUCCCUGGCAGCCACCGAGAAACUCAGCCAGGAGGAUCCGGAGGCUGUGGAGUCGUGCGUGGCUGCUGCCGGCUUCAGCGUCGGGGAGUUUGCGGCCCUUGUGUUCGCCGGGGCGUUAGAGUUCACCGAAGCUCUGUACGCAGUGAAGGUUCGGGCGGAGGCCAUGCAAGAGGCGUCGGAGCUGGUGCCCAGCGGAAUGCUGUCAGUGAUUGGCCACCCCCAGACCAAGUACAGCGUCGCUUGCGCAGAAGCCCGGGAGCACUGCCGCUCUCUGGGAUUGGAGGAUCCGGUGUGCGAAGUGGCCAACUUCCUGUUCCCAGACGGGCGGGUAAUUGCUGGGCAUAUAGAGGCGCUGAAAUAUUUGCAGUCGAAUUCCCGUAAGUACCGCCUCCUGCGCACCAAAAUGCUCCUGGUGAGCGGCGCCUUCCACACCAGCUUAAUGGAGCCGGCGGCGGCGCCGCUGUACAAGGCGCUCAAGAGCUUGCACUUCAAGCAGCCGUACGUGCCCGUGUACUGCAACGUCGACGGGAAGCGCUACAAGCGGGCGGCCAACAUCCACCAGCUAUUGGCCAAGCAGGUCGUCUCCCCGGUCAAGUGGGAGCAAACCAUGCACGCCAUUUACGAGAGGAAAAAGGGGACGGAUUUCCCGCGGACCUUCGAGGCGGGGCCUGGGAAGCAGCUGGGAUCCAUCUUGAAAAAGUGCAACUUGAAGGCGUGGCACUCGUACAGAGACGUCGGGGUCCUCGAAGAACAGGAAUCGGGGGGACAAACAUAACUCUAUACCGUCCGGUUAUAAUCUCAGGGAUACGGUUGUGUUAAAGGGGAAGUUCACCCUUACGUUAACUUUUAAUAUGAUCAAUACAUUGUUAGUCUGAGUUUGCAAUUGGUCUUUUUUAUGGGUUUUCAGUUAUUUAGCUUUUUGUUCAGCAGCUCCCCCUUAGGUAUUUUACCAGCUAUCUGGUUGCUAGGCAAUUGUUUUACCCUAGCAACAAGGCAGUGGUUUAAGCCUGGUAUAUGAAUAGGGGAGGGGCUGAAUAGAAAGAUAAGGAAUAAAAAGUAACAAUAACAAUAAAACUGGAGCCUCACAGAGCAAUAGGGUUUGGCUGCCGGGGUCAGUGACCCCCAUUUGAAAGCUGCAAAGAGUCAGAAGGAGAAGGCAAAUAAUUCAAAAACUAUAACAAAUAAAUAAUGAAGACCAAUUGCAAAGUUGCUAGGGCAUUCUGUAACAUACAAAAAGUUAACAUAAAGGGGAACUGGCCCUUUAAGGGAACAGAACCAAAUGAACUCUAAUAUCUUCCUUGUGUGUUUUAUAAUCAGAAUAUUGUGUCCUAAAUACUUUUAUUUAACUUC